AUGUCUCACCAUGAUCAAGUCUGGACGGCACUGAUCACCUCGAUCAAAAACUCCCUACCAGACACCUUUCCAACAUACCCAGCAGACCCAUCCCAGAUCAACCGCACGAUCGACCAUACUCUGCUGGCGCUAAACGCCACUCCAGAACAAAUCGACGCUCUCUGCGACGAAGCCAUCGCGCACCAAUUCGCCACAGUCUGCGUCCGCCUCGCCCACGUCCAACAGGCAGUCCAAAAGCUCCACGCCUCACCCAACGUCGGCGUCGCCUGCGUGGUCGGCUUCCACGAAGGCACCCACCCCACGUCCGCCAAGGCCCAGGAAGCGCAGGAGGCGGUGGCCCUCGGCGCGACGGAGCUGGACAUGGUGCUGAACUACCCGCUGCUCAAAGACGGACGGUACACGGCUGUCUACGAGGAUAUCCUGGGGGUGCGCACGGCGGCGCCCUCGCCGUCGGCGCAGUUGAAGGUGAUUCUGGAGACGUCGCAGCUCUCGCGCGAGGAGAUCAUCGCUGGGUCGGCGAUUGCCUGUGUGGCGGGCGCGGACUACAUCAAGACGAGUACGGGGUUUAAUGGGCCCGGUGCGAGGGUGGAGGAUGUGGCGCUGAUGCGGGCAGUGGCGGAGAAGAUGGGAUAUGGGACUCGGGUGAAAGCUAGCGGAGGGGUGCGGUCGAGGGAGGAUUUUGUCGGAGUAGAUGAAGAUGAGACCCAAGGAACCACCAGGAACCUCCACCGGGUGGAGCACGACAAACGCAAGACCUCCCACGAGCACAGCCCUCCUGCUCGUGAUGAAUGCUCCAGUCUCUUCACAGCCAAACCCACCGCCGUCUUCGCCCCCUCCGGCGGUCGCACUCAUACCCUGAGUGUUGCUAUCCCAGGUAGCAUUGUGGCCAACGCCCACUCGAUCGAGCAAAAAACGUUCUUGGCCGGUAUCAUUGCGCGUGCUUUGGCCGUCUUCUGUGUGGAUGAGGUCGUGAUCUUUGAUGACGAGGAACAUAGAUCUCGAAACUAUCGCCACUACGAUGACGGAUAUGACUCGCCCAUCGCCAAAACAUCCGAUGAACUCAAUGCCUCCACCAAAGGCUAUACCGCCUAUUCCGACCCCUCGCACUUCCUCGCCCAUGUCCUAUCGUACCUCGAGACGCCUCCGUAUCUACGCAAACACCUCUUCCCCAUGCAUCCCAACCUCCGUGGCGCCGGUCUACUGCCGAGUCUCGACAUGCCGCAUCAUCUGCGCGCCCACGAGUGGUGCGACUACCGCGAAGGGAUUGUCCUCUCGAGCACGCCUCGCGAUGGACGGGGCAGAAGCGGAUCCCAGAUGAGCCUGUCCCCGAAUCGUCAUUCCUAUCGUAACCUGUCGCCUUCCAGUAACUCUAGUCAAGCCUCUACUAACCCCACGACGGCCACCGUCGUGGACACCGGUCUCUCCGAGAAGGUCGUCCUCCCGGACAUUCAACUGCCGGAACACGCCCGCGUCACCGUGCGCUUCUCUCACCACGGACACGAUCACUACGCAGAACCGGUGCAUCCCUCGGCGCCGCGCGCAGAAGCCGGCUACUACUGGGGCUACUACGUGCGCCGCUGUCGGUCGCUUUCCUCCGUCUUCACCGAGUGCCCCUUUGACGGCGGCUACGACCUGUCCUUUGGCACCUCCGAACGCGGCGCUCCAGUCGGAGAGGUGCUCGAGGACGAGGCUCCGUACCACCGCCCUCCCCACACCCACCGACCCGACUACAAGCAUCUACUAGUUGUGUUCGGUGGUGUAGCCGGCAUCGAGGCCGCCAUCCGCAACGACCCUCAGCUCCGCGACAUGGACAUCCGUCCCACCGACGCCGGAAAGCUCUUCGACUACUGGAUCAACCUCCUCCCAGGCCAGGGCAGUCGCACCAUCCGCACCGAAGAAGCCGUCUGGCUGGGCCUGACGAGUCUUCGCGGCCUGGUCGAGGGCACCCAUCGCGCGAAGCGGUCCUACCGAUAUAACGGGUCGUAA